CCGUCAAACUAAACUAGUCUGUCUGAUCUGUGGUCAAAUUCUAUAGUGCUUGUCUUGUACAUAUUUUUACUUUUCCGCCAAAGUACAGAGUCAUUCUAGAUUUGCCAAAAUGGCAGAGGGCCAAGAAGAACCUAAAAAAAUUACAAUUACAGUGAGAACUCCAAAAGAGAAACAACAAGUGGAAAUAGAAGAAGAUGCAGACAUAAAAAAGUUAAAAGAUGUACUGUCACCAAAAUUCAAUGCUGAACCGGAGCAACUGUGCCUCAUCUUUGCCGGAAAGAUAAUGAAUGAUGCCGACACUUUGAAACAGCAUAACAUCAAGGAUGGAUUGACAGUUCACCUUGUUAUCAAGACGCCUCCCAGGCCGGAGCCAGAAGGUGCAGCCCGGCGCCCACCAGCUGAUAUUGGUGCUACACCUUUUGGACUGAAUUCAUUAGGUGGACUUGCUGGUCUAGAAAGUCUGGGCCUUGGUCAAAGUACAUUUAUGGAUUUGCAGGCCCGUAUGCAACAAGAGAUUUUGUCAAACCCAGAUAUGUUGCGGCAAGUUCUAGACAACCCUUUAGUGCAGCAAAUGAUGAAUGAUCCUGAAAACAUGAGAUCACUGAUCACAUCCAAUCCACAAAUGCAGGAUCUCAUGGCUAGGAAUCCUGAGAUAAGUCAUAUGUUAAACAACCCAGAGCUGUUGCGUCAAACUAUGGAACUGGCACGGAAUCCUGCUAUGUUACAAGAAUUAAUGCGGUCUCAUGACCGUGCAUUGUCUAAUCUGGAAAGCAUACCUGGUGGUUACAAUGCUCUGCAGAGAAUGUAUAGAGAUAUUCAAGAGCCUAUGUUAAAUGUUGCUAGUAGCAUGGCAGGAAAUCCAUUUUCUGGACUGGUGGAUAAUUCAGAUGGUACUAAUCCGCAACAAGGAGCAGAAAACCGUCAACCUCUGCCCAACCCAUGGCAGCGCGGCGGUGGCGGAGGCGGUGGAGCGGCGGGGGCUGCAACCCCGGGCGCUGGUACUGGCGCGGGCGCCGGCGCCGGCCCAGGCCUCAUCAACACGCCCGGCAUGCAGUCGCUGCUGCAGCAGAUGUCGGAGAACCCGCGCCUCGUCCAGUCCAUGCUCUCCGCGCCCUACACCAAUGAUAUGCUACAAGCCCUCUCUGCCAACCCAGAUAUGGCUGCACAGCUUAUUAAUCAAAAUCCAAUGUUUGCAAACAAUCCCCAACUGCAAGAUCAAAUUCGUACAAUGAUGCCGCAAAUGCUCACCCAGCUACAGAAUCCUGAGAUGCAACAGAUGAUGUCGAACCCACAGGCUUUGAACGCGCUGCUGCAAAUUCAACAAGGCAUGGAGCAGCUGCGCGCGGCCGCCCCGAGUUUGGUGCCCAACCUGGGACUGGGCGUGGGCGCGGCCGCCGCCACCCCCACCACGCCUGCCGCCCCCGCCGCGCCCACCACCGGGACGCCACCCGCGCAGAACGCUAGGCAGCAACCCAACCCGGAAUUGUUCACACAGUUCAUGCAGCGAAUGGUGGCAGCGAUGGCGAACAAUCAAAACAACUCGUCCCAGCCGCCCGAACAACGCUAUUCUCAACAGCUGGAACAGCUAGCUGCUAUGGGUUUCCUCAACCGUGAAGCAAAUUUGCAAGCACUGAUCGCGACUUUCGGCGAUGUAAAUGCGGCAGUAGAGAGGCUACUGGCGCUGGGCCAAUUGUCCAUGAGCUAACACUCGGGCGCCUCAUAAUGCGCGUCCCCAUACCACGGCUACAACUUGCUUACGACACCUAACCUGUACUGUAACAUGCAGCCAUGUUCCUAUCUAAACAAACAUUAAUUUCUUAUUUAUAUAUGAGAUUAUAAUAAAUAUAUACUUUAUGAAUGAGCAUUUCAAGUUGAACUCAACAAAAUUCAUUGGUAUCUAAUUUCAAAAUUUUGUUAAAAAUAUGCACUAAACUCAAAAGUGAUGGGUUGAUUAAGCACUUAUAGUAUUGGUUUAUUUAUUAAGGAACGGAUUUGCAAUAGAAUUUUAGUUUGUUGAAUAUAUAAUUAAUAUACAAUUGUAUCAUUUGUGUAUUGAUUUGUUUUGAGUAAUAAAUAAUAACUAAUAAUUAUAAAAAUAUUUAUUACAUCAGGAAGAUUUGUUUUUAUAGAGAGUACUCUAUAUAAAAACUGAAAUAUAUCUGGUUAAGUAAAUAUUUUUAUAUUGACAUUAAUGAAAGUUUAAGUUCAUACUAAAAAAGACGUUAUGUUAUGUAAGUAAGGAUCAAUUCGAAAAUUAUGUUUUGGGACCGUAAUAAUUACUGUAUUAAAGGUCAGAUACGACUUGCUACUUCGUAAUUAAUGAACGUAAGUUUUCACAUAUUAUUUGUAUGUAUAAUGUUCGGGUAGUUAUAAAUCGAUAUGGCGUCCUAAGCCUCAUUAUUUAUGUAAUGUGGUGUUUAGAUCACAUUAGUGGCGGACUAUUCCGGCUGUGGUUAUCCCUAACUGUUAAUAUAAGUUUAUGUACUGCAUUAAAUUUAAAUAGGGGCCCACAAAUAAUUAUUCCUACAGUCCCUUUAAACGAGGCAAUAUUCUAAUAGGAAAGGUCUAAAAUGUAUGAGUAUGAAUAAGUUUAACAUAUACCUUAUAUUAUUACCAGCUUCUCAAUUAUGCUUUGCCUAUAGGUCAAGUCAUAAUUUGGAAAUCAAUAUCUGUGGAUAAUCUAGCAAAGAUUUACAGAAAACUCAUUUAGUGGACCCCUAACUAUUAACAGUACUUUAGUCCGCCUGUGGUCCACAGAGAAAUAAUUUUGUUAAAGAAUUCAUGCCACGUUAAUUAAUUUAUUGUCAUUGCACUGUGUUAAACCUUAUCGUUUAUAGUUGGCAGUCACUAUGUUUCGGUACAGCUAUUCUAAGCUGUGUUUAUUAUUUCAAGUUACAAAACUUGUGUUAGUUAUGACUUUAUAUACACAAUAUAUUCCAUUAUAGUUUAUAUAUAAUAAUACUAUCUAUAUUAGAAAAUUAAAUCAAUAGUCAUUGUAAACGAUGUUAGCAAUUAGAAUUCGUAAAUUAGUAUCACUGACACUUGUUUAUGUCAAUAAAAUUAAAUAAAUAUUAAAUAAACUACUAUGUAGCUACAAUAUUCAUGUAGCUAUGUUACAAUCCCAAAGUGGGUGAGUAGCCAAACUACAGAAUUCAGAUUCUAAAUGCCUAUACUGUGACCAUCUACAAAAUAACUUAGGCAAUUUAUACAAGUGUAUGCACUUUACGAAUAAAUUUCAUUCCUUCUUUUAGGUUACUAUAGAAUGUGAAAAUGUUUAAAUUUAUUUUAUAGCAAUAUUAUUUUAAAGUAUAAUUGGGCAUAAAAUCACCUUGUGUAUUUACUACAUUCUUUAAUGAAUUUUUGUAUUUAUCUUGUUUACAAGAUGAAUACCAUAAAUGUUAUAGUUAUUAUUUGCAUAAAAUAUAUUAAGAUAUGGAAGUGCGUUCUACGUAAUGACCAAAAUGAGUCCUAACAUAUUAUACUUUAUUUCACAAAGGUUUGUAACAACGACAAUGGCGUAGAAGUUACGCGAUUGUUGUAAUAAUAAUAAUGUAUCAGAUUAAUUAUUAUAAUGUUACUUAUUCCCAGACCCUUUUUUUUAAUUUUUCCGUAUGAAUAAACUGAUAGACUGUUUUCGGAAAUGCAUUUCAUUGUAUUUUUUUAAGAUCGCAAACACAUCUGGGGAACGAAAAGCCCGCUUUACACGAAUAGUGGGAUUUACGUUGUAUAACCCGCCGAAUUUAUUAGGUUUCGCACACUGAAAGCAUAUACUAAUAUACUGGUAUAUUU